AUGUAAGACAAUGGAAGAGAAUGAGGGAGAGAGAUGGACCUGUUCAUGUGAACCUAUAGUGUUCUAAAUACAAAUUUGGAAGGAGGGUUGGCAAUAUAAGUCGGGUUGAGUCGAGAUGGUUCACGUCAGCCUCUUCUUCCAAUUGAUGCAGGUCAUGGACCUGAUCCUGCUAAUGGUUCGACGAUGUGAACCAAUCAACCUGCCUGAUGCAAGGGCCCUUCAAGAUAAAUGGAGUUCCUCUGCGUCGUGUGAAUCAGGCUUAUGUGAUUGGAACAUCCACCAAGAUUGAUAUUUCUGGGGUUGAUGUUGAGAAAUUUGAUGACAAAUAUUUCACAAAGGAAAAUAAGAAGAAGACAAACAAGAGUGAAAGUGAAUUUUUUGAUACAGAAAAAGAGGUAACCAAGGCACUCCCUCAGGAGAAGAAAGAUGAUCAGAAGUUCGUGGAUGCCCAAUUGAUCAAAGCCAUUGAAGCUGUUCCAGACUUGACGGCAUAUUUAGGCGCUAGAUUUUCUCUUAGGGCAGGCAUGAAACCACAUGAGCUUGUUUUCUAAAAUGGCAAUGAAAGCAUUUGAGUAGCUUCCCUUUGAAUUGCUAUUCAAGCUUCAAUGUAGGCGGUUUCUUUCAGUUUUGGAUGCGAGGAAGUGAACUUGAUUUUUGGUUUAUGUUUGGUUUGUUAUUCAUGAGGCCGUAUUUGGUUGGUUGGACUAUUUAGAUAAAUCUGAAUUAUUAAUAGAUUGACUCCUUUUUUUUUUGGA